AUGAGUGACCCUUUUCUCUCUAGAGAGGAAGAAGCGGAGUUAGUCCGCAGUAACAAAAAAGUGAAGAACGUCAGCCACGCUGAGUUCGACGGCCAUAUGAAUGAAGAUCAAGCCACCUUUGCAGGCAUGCGUAGCAUUACCAGACACCCCUUGUCCUUUAAGGAUAGAUUGGUGGGUGAAAUACCUGGGGCAUAUUCCCAAGCUUUCAACUUUACUGAAGCUAUAGAUGUUGAGAAGGAGUCAAAUUCAGAGAUAACAGAUCUUCGUGAUGGUCUUAUCACCGUCAAGUUCUCUAAAGAACAGAAACGUCGAUUCCGUUCUCCGUGGAGUAAAGCUCUCAUUGUGAAAGUUUUUGGCAGGUAUGUGGGUUUUUCUUUUCUCCACGCUAGGCUCAUGUCCUUAUGGAAGCCAGUGGGAAAAAUUGAUUGCGUUGGCUUGGGUAAUGAUUUUGUCCUAGUCCGUUUUGCAGUAAAAGAUGAUUGUGAGGCUGUUCUUAAGAAUGGACCUUGGUUCAUUGGAGGAAAUUUCUUAUCUAUAAGACCUUGGGUUCCAGAUUUUAAUCCUUCAGAGGCGGGUAUAUCCUCAGUUGCAGUUUGGGUGAGAUUGAAUGAGCUACCUAUCGAGUAUUAUGAUGUUGAGGCCCUUCAGAUCAUUGGCAAUGCGAUUGGUAGAGUUCUAAGGAUAGAUACCCAUACAGUGAAUGAAUCUAAGGGCAGGUUUGCUCGCCUCUGUAUACAGGUUGACAUUGAAAAACCUUUGAUUACUGCGAUUCUCAUUGGUGGACGAGAGAAGCCUGUCAGUUAUGAGGGUAUUCAACGGCUCUGUUUUUCCUGUGGAAGAAUAGGCCACCGCCGGAAGAGCUGUCCGUAUACGGUGCGGGAAGAUCAGACACGGAAGAAGGAGGCUGCCAGCUCAGGUACGAAUUCGGUUAAGCCUAAGGAGACAGAGACGUGCAAGGGAACGCCAGGAUUGUGUGAAGGUACGGCUAAGGACACCCCCAAUGAUGUGUACGGCCCCUGGGUUGUUGUGACACGGAAAAGAGGUGGGAACAAAGCGACAAGGAAAGAUGGUCCCACUGACCAAAAUACGUUUAAGAAUAUGGGCUCACUAAAAAAUGGGCCUAGUGACAAGCUUAAACGGGAAGGGAAGAGGAAGGUGUCAGUGGAUCAUAGCCUAAGUGAGGCCCACAUGCAAAAAACGGUGCAGCCAAUUGCAAAAGGCCCGGAGAAUUUGAGUCAGUGUUCCAAUAAGGAGAGCAAUGGGUUUAAGAACCCAGGAUUAAUGUUUAGCCCUUCACGUGGCUUUAACUCUGAAGCUUUGUUCACCUUCAAUUCUUCGAAGGAUCAAUCUCAACAAGAGGUAAGCUGUUUCAAAGGGCAAGAGAUUAAGGAAAUGCAAAAUUUGCGAGAGAAUGAGAUGAAAGAGGAUAAGAGAAAGGAAGGUGCUCAUCCAACGUCUAGCUUGCAAAUUUCAAGUGAGUUAGAAGGGGGUAUAAAGGCAUUAGAGGUGCCAGAGGAGGAGAAUAUGCAAGUUAAGGUCAAGGAAAGACCGAAUGGAGGAGGUGGAGCGACCGAUCAAAUGGAGCUCGAGGAAGGAGAAGCAGCCGAGUAUGCUGCCUGA